AUGUCCGACAAAGACAUUCAUCCAAAUAAAUUCAGCGAAUUUCGAAGUAUCUAUAAAUACUACAUUGAUUCAUAUAUUGCGUUAUAUCAGCUGAAAACGGAAAAGGAAGAAGAUUUAAACUCAAUAUACAAACUGAUCAAAACAGAAUUGAUUGAUUCAAAGAAACAUCCUCCUCAAAUUAUUAUGCGAGACAUUUUAUGUAUCAUUAGGUAUAAUAAUCGCUAUACAAAGUCAUAUUUAUCUCUUGUCAAACUCAUAUCCGAUGAUUACCAUGUCACAGAGGUCAGAAAUGUUGCACUUAUGCUAAAAUUUCUGUUUUAUAAAGAAUAUGGGAUUAAAUUAGACAAAUUUGAUAAUUAUAAAAAUAAUAGAUUACAAAAUCCGGAUAUUCAUCCAGAAAAUACAAUUUACAGAGCAAUUGUAUAUAAUGACUUAGAAAGAUUCAUUGCAUUCACGGAGACUGAUGGGUUUGAUAAAGAUCAAAAACUUAAAAGUAGUUUAUAUCCAUAUUCUUACGAAGGAUAUUCAUUACUUGAAUUAUGUUGUUACCAUGGAGCAGUUGAUUGUUUCAAGUUAUUAAGAACGAAAUUUCAAUCAAAAAUAACUCAAAGAUGUCUUAAAUUUUCAUUUUUAGGAGGAAAUCCAGAUAUCAUGAGCGAAUGUUUGAAAUAUCAAACACCAGAUGAAGAAUGUAUGGAAUAUGCAAUUAUUUCACACAAUAUUGAUUUUGUUACAUUCUUAAUGAAUGAAUACAAUAUAGAUAUAAAUUUAGAUUGCUGCAUAAAAUAUAAUAAUCUUGAAUCAUUUUUAGUUUAUUUCGAUCAAACCAAUGAUAUUAACAAAUGCUUUGUUUACUCAGCGAGGUUCAAUAUUCCAUCUCUUUCCGAAUAUUUCCUAUCACAUGGAGCAAACAGCAAUGAAAAAGAUAAAAAUGAAGAAACCGCUCUUCAUAAAAUAGCAGAAUAUGAUUGUAAAGAAACAGCAGAACUUCUUAUUUCACAUGGUGCAAAUAUCAAUGAAAAAAAUAAAAAUGGAGACACCUCUCUUCAUAUUGCAGCGCUUAAAGAUUGUAAAGAAAUAGCCGAACUUCUUAUUUCACAUGGUGCAAAUAUCAAUGAAAAAAAUUUAAAUGAAGGAACUGCUCUUCAUAAUGCAGUAUUAAAUAAUAGAAAAGAAACAGUAGAACUUCUUAUUUCACAUGGUGCAAAUAUCAAUGAAAAAGAAAUACAUGGAAAAACCGCUCUUCAUAUUGCAGCAAAAUAUAAUUAUAAAGAAAUAGCCGAACUUCUUAUUUCACAUGGCGCACAAAUAUAA